ACUUGGUUGCCAGUUCGGUUGAAACGCUGCUCUCACGGUGCUGUUUGUCUUCAGCGGGCAGAGAGAGCAGGAUGUGGAGCGCAACCUGGCAACAACUCGUGUAACAAAAGGAAGUGCGCACAGUGAAUGUUAGCGCGUUAAAUAAGAUUUAGUGAGAAACACCUUCAUCAUCCGUCUCCAUUUUCUCACGAGAAGAAUUCAGACCGCCUCCACCAAGAAGAAGAAAGAAAAGUUUGGUCUGAAUCCACACAAGUUGUUGAACCCUGCUCAUGGCCCUUUGGGGCCCAGGAAGAGGAUGCAUCGUGGAAUGGAUAAGGAUUUCCAGAUAUCAGCAAGGAAGAUGGGCACAUCCUUGCUUUUCCAGCUGUCAGCUCAUGAAAGAGAGCUGGACUUAGUGUUUCUGGACCAUAGCUAUGCCAAGCCGUGGAAUGCCCACCCAGAUGCCAGCAGUGCCCGGCCCACAAGGACACUGUUUGUUACCCCUCGCCGCCAGCCUGAAGCCUUGUCAGAAUGUGAUUCUCUAAUUGACGUGGAAACAGUCAAACCGUCCCCUAUUCCUCUAUAUGACAACCAUAAAGCUCUUAGUGUAAUGAAGGAGUGUGAGCGACAUGUCCUGUUCGCCCGCACUGUUGCUGAGAGCCCUCCACCCCCCGAUGACUGGGAGGAACAUUUGAACAAGGCUGGAUGGUCAGUGGCCCAGAACAAACUUUUCAAUAAAGUCCUGAAAGCUCUACAUGCUGAACGACUCGCUCGUCUGGCCAAUGACAAUGCUUCCAAUGAGCCAAUUUUGCGGAGGAUAGCCGUGGAUAAGUGUGCCAGAAAGGUGCGGCAUGCAUUAGCCAGUGUGAACUGGGACACAAAACUGACGCAGUGGUUACACACCACCAUGAUCGAGUCCUUAAGCCUUGCCAUGCUUGCUGCUUACCUGGAUGUACUGCAGACUCUCAAAAGCAAGUUGCCGUUGCUGAUUGAUAGAAUGUUGAUGCCUUCGGCAAAGACUGGAGCUCCCAGUGCAGAGGCUCUGUCACUGCUGCUGAAACGGCCGUGGGACCCUGCUGUUGGAGUUCUGUCUCAAAACAAACCGAGCAAGCUUCCUGGAUCCCCGCUCAUCCUAAUUGCACCAUCAAGCCCAACCUAUCCUGCCCUCUCUACUUCAAGGCGGAUGCGAUUCUGGCAAUCACAGCUCUCCUGUUUAGGAAAGGUCAUACCAGUGCACACUCAUGUUAACAGUGGUGCAAAUAUUGGCAUUACCCAGUGCUUGGAGCACAUGUUGGGGACUGUCAGGGCCAAGGUCAUGGAGGUUCACAGUCACUUCCCCCACAAACCCAUUAUUCUGGUUGGCUGGAACGCUGGUGCGCUUAUCGCUUGUCACGUAUCCCUUAUGGAGUAUCUGACUGCUGUUGUGUGUCUUGGCUUCCCCCUGCUAACAGUCAAUGGGCCAAGAGGGGAUGUGGAUGAUCCACUGCUGGACAUGAAGACUCCAGUGUUAUUUGUGGUCGGCCAGAAUGCAUUGCAGUGUAGUAACGAAGGUAUGGAGGAGUUCAGAGAGAAGCUGAGGGCAGACAACAGCAUGGUGGUGGUUGGAGGAGCUGAUGACAACCUCAGGAUCAAUUCGGCAAAGAUGAGAACAGAGGGACUGACACAGACCAUGGUGGAUCGCUGCAUUCAGGAUGAGAUCGCUGACUUCUUGUCAGGUGUCCUCACGAGGGCAGAGGGCCAUGGUCAUGGCUCAGGGGAGAUGAGGGAUCUGGACACAGAGAAGAAGAAAAGGCCUCGACGGGAGCUUCCCUUUGACAUGGAGAGAGGACGACCUUCCUCCCCUGCGCUUAGAGUUCCCAUCUCACCAUCAGGUUCAGAGGAUCUGUCUAGCGUCUGUAGCAGCCCCACCUCAAGUCCCAAACCAAAGACGUCAGGUCUGUCUCCAGCACAGAAGUCCAGUCUGAUUACAGCGACACAGCUCCUCAAGACACACAUGCAGCGCUCUGGGACAGUACUCACUCACAAGCAAGCUCAAGUGCCAGUGACCAGUGAUCAGAUGGAGGGCCUUGACCGAGAUGAACCGAGGUCCCAUGGCAAGAGGAGGCAGACGCCAAGCCCCACGCCAAGCAAAGCAUCCAAGAGAGCAAAGAUCAAGGUGACCAUUGUUUCCCAAAGUGAGUCAGCGGGGGGCGCCAUCAGUCAUGCUGCACAGGAAGCGAGUGUCUCUGGGAAGCCCUUAACAGUGACAGUGGGACAGACUGUUGCUGGAGCCAAGGAACUCUCAGGACUUCUCACAGGCCAGCGGUCUGGUAGUCUCUCAGAGGUGUCUGGUGCCCUGUCCCCAGGCUCCAGCUCAUUCAGCAGUGUGCAGCCUUGCAUGGUGUCAGGGUCCUCCACACCAGUCCAGGCGCAAGCUCCGGCUACUGCCCAAGCGCCUUCCGCCAGCAGUCUGCUACAAGGCCUAAGUUUCAGUCUUCAGGAGAUCAUCACCAAAGCUCCUAGCCUGUCCUCGUCACCAGCCAACACAGGCAGCACCCAGGCGGCUUGUGGGAAGCCCCAGGGUCAGGUCCUGAGCUCUGUCGGCACCAGCAGCAGCACUCUGCUCCGUGCGGUGCCUGUGGUCACCACAGGGGGAGUGGCUAAAACCACCGCCAUCCACCAGCUGCUCACCAAUGGUGGGCUGGCCAAACUUGCUAGCAGCUUGCCCGGCUUGGCACACAUCACCAAUCAGACCGCUGGGCAGAAAGUCCCCACUUCUAUAACGGUGACGCUUCGAGGAGCGCAACCAAGUAGAACGGGAUCUCUCAGCCAAGGUGGUGAGGCUGUGACCCCGGCUCCUCCCCAGGAGCCCAAGCAGUGAAAAUCUGGGCUUGCGGUUUCCAAGUGGUGAUGCACGUGAUGUGACCUGGUGCUGUACCAGAGACCUCUGGGAGCGGCGGCCUGCUGAUGAGACUGUACCCUCCCUGUAAUGAUGUAUACACCACCCCCACAACAUGCGGAGCACCUGCCCCACACCCUCCAGAGGGCUCCCCCGUCGAGACGCUUGGAAAAGGCCACGCAGUCACAGUCAGUUGUGGCUGAGUUGCUUCCAUGUGCAGGGAUGAGCAGCACAGACUCUGCUAACACUGCAGUGGUGGAUUUAAUGCUAGUGUGCUGUCUCCUCUUUCACCUUUAAUUUUAAUGAGCAAUUCUGGCGGUUACAUACACAGCAUGAUGAUAUGUUAUCCUCCAGGGAGGAAAUUAUAUCAUGUGAGGAUAAACUGCAACCUCGCUGGACUGAUGGUAACACUGUAAAAGGACAGACACAGAACUUCUUAGUUCAGACGAUAACACAAGCUUUUCCUGAGUAGGCUCUAUAUUUGUUUAAUUCCCUUUGUCAUCAUCUCAUAUCUAAUGUCAUAUAUUAUAAUAUAUCUUAUGUAUCAGCGCGAUUAACAGGAACGUCACCUUUGGUGUCACAACUGGAUGUUUACAAAUCUCCCGAUAUUUGUGGGAUGACUACAUAUGAAUGUUAGUCAUAGCUUUUAUAUUAUCUAUCACACUAAUUAUAUCAUCAUCGUUAUAGUAACUCUUCAUAGUAAUUUCACCAUGACAACAAGCUCAACAGUAU